ACGGUCAUUUAAAUGUUUUCUGUACGUGCAAAGAUGGCAGCUCAGGUCGACCUGCAGAGACUGAUCCGGGAGAAGACGAAGAGGAAGAGGAGGGAGGAAAGGGAGGAGGAGAGGAAGAGGACCGAGGAAAGGGAGGAGGAGAGGAAGAGGAGGGAGGAGGAGAGGAAGAGGAAGGAGCUGACAGCGGAGAAACAGGUGAGGAGAGAGAGGAAGAUUCACCGGAGCCUCCCGCUGCAGGUUCCCCGCAAACAGAGCAUCAUCAGCGGGGAGAAGCACGUCCACCUGCCGCCCCAACACCUCCACCUGCAGCCAGAGCCUCCUCUUCCUCCUCCUCCUCCUCUUCCUCAGAAGAAGCACCAGGUAGAAUCUCCUGCUCUGUUCAGCUUCUCUCCGCUGAGGAAGGAGAACACUGAAGCUAACGUGAAGCACGAUUACAUCAGGAGCAGCAAGGAGCCGAGGCCUCGCAGUGAGACGCUGGAGGAGUAUCUGCUGCUGAGGAAGAAGAAGAAGAAGAAGCCCCACAUGCACCACAAAGCUGUGCAGACUGUGAGCCCUGACCCCCCCUCCCAUCAUCUCCUCCCCCUCCCGUUGAAGCUCCUCCCCUUCCUGUCGCAUCAGGACAUCUCAAUUCGGCGCUCUCACCUAAACACCGGAUCGUGGACGGGACAUUUCCUGCACGAGGAGCUUCAGGCGAACGGUGGGGGGUCCGUUUUGCACGCUUACGGCGACGAGUUGUCCUUUCUCGAUGCCGCGGAGAUCGACGUUUUCGCCCAGGAGUUCCUAAAGCUGGCGUUCUCAGAGAAACCGCGGGGGGCGGCGCUCUACGCCCUCGCUGUGGUGCACGGUGCCGCCCACUUCCUGCCAGACUUCCUGGACUACUUCGCCUUCAACUUCCCCAACACCCCCGUCAAGAUGGAGAUCCUCGGGAAGAAGGACAUCGAGACGACCACCAUCGCCAACUUCCACUCUCAGGUGAGCAGGACGUAUUGCUCGGGGACGUACCGCUCCGGCCCCAUGAGGCAGAUCAGUUUGGUGGGGGCCGUGGACGAGGAGGUGGGAGAUUUUUUCCCAGAAUUCCUGGACAUGCUGGAGGAGUCGCCCUUCCUCAAGAUGACCCUCCCCUGGGGGAGUCUCUCCUCGCUGAAGCUCUCCUGCCGAUCGCAGAGCGACGACGGGCCGAUUCUGUGGGUGAGACCCGGGGAGCAGAUGGUGCCGACAGCUGAUCUGCAGAAGUCUCCGUUCAAGAGGCGCAGGUCCAUGAACGAGAUAAAGAACCUGCACUACCUCCCUCGAGCCAGCGAGCCCCGAGAGGUUCUGUACGAGGACCGGACCAAAGCCCACGCUGACCACGUGGGUCAGAGCUUCGACUGGAAGAGCACCGCCGCCGUGGGACUGCUGAAGGCCGUGAGCUUCAGAGAGGGGAACAACGGUCCCCGGGUCACCAAAGACGUGGUGUGUUUUCAGGCUGGAGAUUUUAACGAGGUGGUGCAGCGGCUGCAGCUCGACCUCUACGAGCCCCCGGUGUCCCAGUGUGUGCAGUGGGUGGACGACGCUAAGUUGAACCAGCUGCGCAGGGAGGGGGUUCGAUACGUUCGAACGCAGCUCUGCCACGACGACAUCUACUUCAUUCCCAGGAACGUGAUCCACCAGUUCAAGACGGUGUCGGCCGUCUGCAGCCUGGCCUGGCACAUCCGCCUCAAACAGUACCAGUCCUGCGGGGCGGAGACACAUCCUGACCCCCCCACUGGACACUACUCUGUCCCUAAUCUGCCCGACGACAGCCUCACCCCCUGCGGAGACAGCAAGACUUUCCCAUUAGUCUGCAGAGAUGUUAAAGUACACAUCCUUUACUCAAGUAGAAGUACAGAUACUCAUGUUUAAAAAUACUCUGGUAAAGUAGAAGUACUGACUAAACUUCUUUACUCAAGUAAAGUAAAGAGGGCUUUGAAAU